GCAGGCUAGGGCGGUGGAGGCUUGUAAGACCAUACGUUUGGAAGCCCGCCUUAUCGAGUCCCACCCCGAAGCCUUCCUCCCUCAUCGUGUGUUUCUUCUCCCGACCGUAUACCCUCCUCUCUCCUCGUGCAUUUCUUCUCCCCGCUCCCCCUCCGGAGCGACAGCUACUCAUCGAGCAGAGGCGGCCAUGGCCUCCAUCAUCGGCGUCUCGUCUCUCUACCGGAGUUCCAAGAGGGCCCUCCCGUUCAUGUUUCCCUCCUCCGAGAAGCCCCACUUCUGUGGCCUCAGGGCUUCAGCCACGGCCACGCCCAGGGGCUGCUGCUGUUCCCUGCGGAGCUCGAGGCCCGCCGUGGCUCCUCCCCAUCUGUUCGUCCCCUCGGCCGUGGCCUCGCCUAACUCGGUCCUGAGCGAGGACGCGCUCAAGGGGCUCGGCGAUCUCUCCAAAAUACCUCUGGAAGGAGAGGAGGACGAGGAGGAGUACUACGGCUCGGACAAGGAGGCGGCGGAAGGCCCUGCCGUUGGGGGAGAGGAAGACCUCGCCGUUGCCAAUCUAGGGUUGCCCGAGCAGCUCGUGAGUGCUCUCGAGAAGCGUGGGAUUACUCACCUCUUCCCUAUUCAGAGGGCUGUACUGCUUCCUGCUCUUGAAGGCAGAGACCUCAUCGCACGGGCAAAGACUGGGACAGGGAAGACGCUGGCUUUUGGAAUUCCCAUCAUUAAACGACUUGCAGAGGAUAAUGAACGCCAAAGCGUCUCAAGGCGAGGUCGUCUUCCCCGGGUUCUGGUUCUAGCACCAACAAGGGAGUUGGCCAAGCAAGUGGAGAAGGAAAUUAAAGAGUCGGCACCAUAUCUUGGCACUGUCUGUGUCUAUGGAGGGGUUUCUUAUAAUAUCCAGCAAAAUGCACUGGCUCAUGGCGUUGAUGUGGUAGUGGGAACUCCUGGUCGAAUUAUUGACCUGAUUAAUAGCAGCAGUCUUCGCUUGGGAGAAGUUCAGUAUUUGGUUCUUGAUGAGGCUGAUCAGAUGCUUGCUGUUGGAUUUGAGGAAGAUGUGGAAGUGAUAUUAGAAAAGCUGCCGUCAGAACGUCAAAACAUGCUAUUUUCUGCAACAAUGCCUAGUUGGGUAAAAAAAUUGGCCAGGAGAUAUCUGAAUGAUCCCCUGACAAUUGACCUGGUUGGUGAUCAAGAUGAAAAACUACCAGAAGGAAUUAAACUUUAUGCCAUUCCAACAACUUCAACUUCAAAGCGCAUGAUCCUUAGUGACCUAAUCAUGGUAUAUGCAAAGGCUGGUAAGACCAUUGUUUUCACUCAAACAAAACGGGAUGCUGAUGAGGUAUCCAUGGCUUUGACCAAUAAUAUAGCAUCUGAGGCACUGCAUGGAGAUAUAUCUCAACAUCAGAGGGAGAGAACAUUGAACGGUUUUCGUCAAGGAAAGUUUACUGUGCUUGUUGCAACUGAUGUUGCUGCUCGUGGUCUUGACAUACCAAAUGUUGAUCUGAUCAUUCAUUAUGAACUGCCAAAUGACCCAGAAACCUUUGUCCAUCGUUCUGGUCGUACUGGACGUGCUGGAAAGGAAGGCACAGCGAUCUUGAUGUUUAGUAGCAGCCAGAGGAGAACUGUUAAAUCACUGGAGCGUGAUGUCGGAUGCAAGUUUGAAUUUAUAAGCCCACCACAGAUGCAGGAGGUGUUGGAGUCAUCAGCAGAGCAAGUUGUUGCUACUCUGCAGGGUGUACAUCCAGAGUCCAUACAGCACUUCCUUCCAACGGCUCAAAGAUUGACAGAAGAACUAGGAACAAAUGCUCUUGCUUCUGCAUUGGCACAUUUGAGUGGAUUUUCUCAACCACCUUCAUCUCGUUCUCUUAUCAAUCAUGAGCAGGGAUGGGUGACAUUACAGUUAACACGUGAACAAGAAUAUACAAGAGGGUUCUUUUCUCCAAGAUCUGUUACUGGGUUUCUUUCUGAUGUCUAUCCUGCUGCUGCUGAUGAAGUUGGCAAAAUAUACUUGAUUGCAGAUGAAAGGGUUCAGGGAGCGGUUUUUGAUUUACCUGAGGAAAUUGCAAAAGAAUUACUGAAGAAGCAGCUACCUCCAGGAAAUACCAUAUCCAAGAUCAUGAAGUUGCCAGCCCUGCAAGAUGAUGGUCCUCCAACAGAUAAUUAUGGCAGGUUUUCAAACAGGGACCGCGGUUCCAGAGGUAGUUCUAGAGACCGAGGUCGCAGGGGUUCCAGAAACGGGGGUGGGAGUUCCAGAAACUGGGGUGGCCGAGACAAUGAUAGUGGUGAUGGAUUUCGGCGUGGUGGCAGGAGUUACAGAACCGAUAAUAGCUGGUCUAGGUCAUCCAGAGGGAGUGGUGAUGAUUGGUUGAUAAGUGGUAGAAGAUCUGGUCGGUCGUCAUCAUUUGGAAGCAGGGACAGAAACUUUGGAGGUGCAUGCUACAAUUGUGGCAGAAGUGGGCAUCGAGCAUCAGAAUGUCCAACUAAGUAGUUACUUAGAAGACGGAAGCUCUUGAAUUUUGAUUGCACCAUGCAAUCCUGUCCUGAUCUCACAAGAGUUGUAUAAGACUACAUGGUGGGCAAAUCAGCAUGUCCAGUUGCUCCAUAAAAUUGCAAUAUACCGUGCAAGAUCUGACUGGUGGCCAAUGGGUUGGGAGGAGGUCGUUAUCGUGUGUUUAUUAAGUACUUUGUGGUUUUGUCAGUGGGGUUUUUUCCCCUGGGGGUUGAGGUUGAUCGAAGGGGCUUCAGGAUAUUGAGUACUUGUUAUUCACCUUCAUACACGAAGGUAUUUAUCAGAGGAGUGCUAAAACAAAGACCAAAUGCAUCAUCUAGAUGAAAGGAUUGCUGAUGACUUGUCGAUCAUAUAUAUAUGUAUCCGCUAAUGCCUUUUUAGCAGUUUGUGUUUAUUAAUCUCGCUGCUGAUAUUGUUGUCCUGUUACCGAUAAUCUUUGGUAUAUCAGAGCUGGCCAAGUGCACAGGUUUUCUUUGU